AUAUCCCAGUGGGCCAUCCAUCUUUCAGCAGCUCACAAACGCAUAGCCAAUCAAUUCAUACAUUCGAAGGGAUCAGCAAGCCUUCCGGUGGCCAUCUACUACUUCUUCGGCGUCACAGACUCACUCUCACUUCCAACGAAUUUUCACCUCACUCUCCUCACUUCCAUCAUGGUCCAACAACACAUGUUGGGGCGCAUGAUCUGUCAGACGAAUCAAAUGUUCAGAAUCAACAUGGACGCCGCAGGACAUCGAGACUUUCGAAAACGAUUUGGAAGGUUGCUCAAGUUGGUUCGCUCCUCGCCUAGCGAAGCAUUCCACUAUGUCCCCCAGGAGAGUAUAUCCUUCUCGCCUCCUCACGCGGUUUGGUGUCGAGAGGCACCAGACAGACGACACGAUCGCACCAUGGAGAUCUGGAGUGAUGCCUCGAUGAGAGGUCUCGGUGGACACCUUGGACGCGCGCCGAAACCUGAGGCAACAUGGCAUCAGGCCGAUCCGCAUCCCCAGGACAUAAGUGCUCGCGAAGCCAAAGCCCAGUUGAUCAGUUUGGAAACCUGGCGUCAAGCGUUGUCAGACUGCAGAGUCAUAUGCUAUACCGAUAAUUCACAUGUAGCCAGAGCUCUUUAUCGUGGAAAGAGUAUGUUCCCGGUAACCCAGGGUAUAAUCGACCAGAUCAAGGACCUCGCCUUAUCAGCCAAUAUGACCAUCGUUCCCCGUCUAAUAGCAGGCAAAACGAACGAACUGGCGGAUCGCCUGUCGCGUAAGCAAAGUUAUGAUCUCACAAUCUUGUCCGACCAAGCGCUGGCGGCAACGGGUGGCAGUAGUAGAAUCGACAAGCGAGCCCUCAAGUCUUUGUGAGGCAUCAUGUCACGCUCGUUCCCAUGUGGGGACUGGGAUGGCCCUCAGGCGUUGGCUCAACCUCAACUGGGCGGAGAGUGACUUGGAGACCAAGGUGCACUAGAGAUCAGACAAAACAUGAAGACAUGCUAUCAGCAAAAGACCAGGUGCUAUGGAUGUAUAUGCAGGUCCUUCGGCAUGCAUACACAUUGUGAGGAGGUAGUCUCGGUGGUCAAGUGUAUCUGCCUCAGUCUCGAGCGGCGAGACCAGUGCUGGGAUCGCGAAGUCCAAGUGUCUCUGCCGAGACGAUAUUUUAUUAGUUUCCGUUGCCUGAAGCUCC